AUGUCUUCCCACAACGAGCACAACGACGACCAUGACGAGCCCGAGUUGCUCGGCGCCGACGAUGUCGGUGAGGAGGUGAACAUGGACAACGACGACGUCGCCAUGGACUCGGACGACGACGAGAACGUCGAAGUCAACCUCCAGAACGACUCCGUCGCCUACUUCGACGCCCACAAGGACUCCGUCUUCGCCAUCGCCCAGCACCCCGUCCACCCGACCAUCAUCGCAACAGGCGGCUCCGAAGGCGACUCCGACGACGCCCCCGGAAAGGGCUACCUCAUCUCCACCGCCGCCGCCGCCUCCCGCCCCGUCCUCCCCGCCUCCUUCUCCGGCGACAACACCCCGCAGACCACCCAGCUCGACGCCAUCCUCCCGAUCGACGGCCACGCCGACAGCAUCAACGCCAUGUCCUUCACCCUGCCCAAGGGCGACUUCCUCGUCUCGGGCGGCAUGGACGGCAAGCUCCGCGUCCACGCCGUCCGCGUCGGCUCCCCGACCGCCGAGGCCGCGAGCGUCCAGAUGAAGUUCAUCGCCGAGGCGCAGGAGGUCCCCGAGAUCAACUGGAUCGCGCCCUGCCCGAACCCCCAGUACCCCAACACCAUCGCCCUCGGCGCCAGCGACAACUCCGUCUGGGUCUACACCAUCGACAUCGCCGCCGGCGGCGGCGACCCCGCCAACUGCCUCCAGCUCGUCCAGACCUACUGGCUCCACCAGGCCCCCUGCACCGCCGGCGCCUGGACCCCCGACGGCAACCUCCUCUGCACCGUCGCCGAGGACUCGAGCCUGUACGUGUGGGACGUCUGGGGCGAGGCCGGCGCCAAGGGCCUGGUCGAGAGCAACGGCCAGACGACGGUCAGCAUGACGGCGGAGGACCAGCGGUUCGAGGUCGAGGGCGGCCUGUACAGCGUCGCGGUGGACCCCAAGGGCGCGCUCGUCGCGGUCGGCGGCGCGGGCGGCGCGAUCCGCAUCGUCAGCCUGCCGAGGCUCGCGAGCAGCGCGCAGCCCGGCAAGGGGGGCAAGAGCAAGACGACGGCGGACGUCGCGGCGGGAGGACAGAUCCUGGCGGCGCUGCAGACGGCGUCGGACGGCAUCGAGACGCUGAGCUUCACCACCGCCGCGGGAGGGCCCGGUCAGACGUCGACGCUGCUCGCCGCGGGGUCCGUGGACGGCAGCAUCGCGGUGUUCGACGCGGGGCGGAGGUUCGCCGUGAGGAGGAACCUGCCGGGCGCGCACGAGGACUUCAGCGUCGUCAAGGUGGAGUUCGUCAAGAACACGUGGCUGUUGACGAGUUGCGGCAUGGACGGCGUCGUGAGGAGGUGGGAUCUGAGGGCGCAGGACGCGGGACUCGUGAAGGAGUGGAGGGGACACCGCGGUGAUGGCGAGGGCGGCGGUGUGCUUGGUUUCGUACAGGGCGAGACGGGCGAGAGGGUUGUUACUGCCGGCGACGACGGUGUUGUUCUUGUUUUCGAGGCUUGA